GUUUGCACUUCAUCGAUCGAGAUGGCAGCUGCCCAGUCUCUUUUGGAUGAAGUACAUGAGGGACUACCAAUGAGGCCGGCUGACACCAAUCUCCAUACGCUUGGAUCGAUCAGCAACCAUAACGUUGUUCUCAUUUGCUUGUCAAGUUGCAUGUACGGUAUAGCCUCCGCAGCCGUAAAAUCAAUCGGCUGCUGA